GCGGGCUGGUCUCCAUCAUGUCUGCAGAUGAAGGGUUAAUGAUGGCGGAUUCCUGAUCAGACUUCGUCGUGUCGCUGCAGCAGCAGCACGCUGGAGGUGAGCCUCUCUGUAACUGGCACACAUCAUCCGUCCGGGGUUGGCUGCUCCGCUCGUUGUGCAGCCCCGUGCCAGCUCGGCCCCUCCCUCCCUCCUGCAGCGAGCUUCAGGCGGACGCUGGUCCUCACUGCAGUCCGCAGUGAAAAACCCACCCGGCGCCCGUCAGAGCGCAGCAGACUGCAGUCUCCAUCACACUCCUCCACCACCUCCUCCUCCUCCUCCUCCCUGCGCUCCCCUGGCAGGUGGAAAGGACACACCGACACCGGCCGGGACAAUGGAUUUCCUCUCAGUCUUGGCCUUCUUGGCCCUGGUGGUCUCUGCAGAAGGGAGCGUUGGACCGAGUACCAACAACAGCUUCUGCACAGAGUCAAAGGAAUGUCUGGAAUAUGAGCUGGUCUGUAAAACAGAUGAGUAUGAGGUGAGACACUACAGCCCCACUCGCUGGGUGUCAACAGAUGCUGAAGCCUACUUCAUGGGCGUGGGUGCAGCCAUGGCCUUCAGGAGACUCUUCCAGUACAUCACUGGAGCCAAUGACGGAGGUAUCCAGAUGGAGAUGACCGCCCCCGUCCUGGUCAAGAUCCCAGAGGAGACCAAAAUGUGGGAGCCGGCUGUCUACACGCUCAACUUCCCGCUGCCGGCAGCCUAUCAGGACAAGCCGCCUGCGCCCACCAAUGACAAGCUGUAUUUCACAGAGAUGCCAGAGAUGGACGUCUACGUGAGGAGCUACGGCGGCUGGAUGCUGUCGGUCACCUCCAGGCUUCACGCUCACCUGCUGACUAAAGAGCUGGAGAGAGUUCGAGCUUCCUACAACCACAGCUACCACUAUGGAGUCGGCUAUGACAGUCCCCUGAAGCUGCUGAACAGGCACAAUGAGGUGUGGUAUGUGGCCGAGGGGCAGCCGAUCUGCACAGAUCCACAGGAGCCGACCCCGGCUCACACUCCCAGACCCGCUCAGACCGGCUCGCCCACAGACUCUGCGUCCGAGCCUCUCCCACACACUCUCUCUGACUCCCCCGCGCUCUCUCCCGCCAACCUUUCCUCAAACACAACAUCCAACUCCUCACAAACGCCCUCCGACACCCCAGCUCUCCCCCCCUCCGAUGCUCCACCCAGCCCUUCAUCCGACAUGCUCGCUGAUGCCCCGUUCAGCCACACCCCCACCACGGCUCAGAUCCCGCUGGACGCAACGACCAACUCCUCCGACCUCGUCUCCGUGAGCCCGUCCCUGGAGCCCCAGUCUGACGCUGGCCUGUGGAACAGCACAGCCCACAGCUCCCCUGAUACUGACAGUCACCCCAAGGUCGAGCCAGAUGACGCUCAUUAGCAGCACUGAUGUAAGCAGCUACUCCAGGUUUAAUAACAAGGAGUCUGAACAGAAAAGAAGCAGUGGAGGGAGGUGGGUGAUAGAUGGAGAAGCUGCUUCCUUCCUCCUAAUCUCUUUAUUCCUACGUAUUACACCAACUCCUUCUUAUGGCACUUAAUGUUUAACUAUAUGUUCUAUCACAGCUUUGCACCAGCAGCUUCCCGUAACAGCGAAACACACGCUUUGUCCACUUUGUCGCUCAUAGAGUUAAGUAAGGUGUUUGUGUUAGUUAGAAAGUUAGAGUCCAUGGUUAUUGUGUUGUUUGAACCGGCUACAGCUGAAGGCGGGGACAGAUGCCGUUUAACGUCUGUUUAACGCUAAAAACUAACACAGCAUCUAAUAAUACGACUUCAGUGGAAAUCUGUAACUGGUGUGUGCUGGGACUAACCACAGUAUAAGAUGAUGUAUCAGAGGAAACUUAACAAUCAUAAUGUGUUCUAGCUUCGCCUCUAAAUGGAGUUUGAUGCGGUAAUUAGUGAUUUCUGUCAAUAGUUUCCAGCCAUAACAUCCUUCCAGCUUCUACUCUCUGUUUUUUAUUCGUGUCGGUUAAUUUGAUGAUAUAUGUGGCAACAUGUUGGUGAAUCAUUAUAACUUCAGUGUGCAACAUUUACUGGGAUCUUUGGAGCAGCCUUAAACCUGAUUACUGACACCGUAAGGCUCUUAAGAACAGUACAUUUCCCCAAUUACUAUUAUUUUUCUUUAAUAAAACUUCUUGCUAGUAUUUGUGCUCAAAAGUGCCUGUAAAAAACACAUUUUGCAAAAGUCGUUGUCCCAGUAUUUUUCAGGUAAUCCAGCAAGUUGAUCAUAUUUAGUGAACACUCCAACAAUAAUAUAAUCUGAGAUUAUGCCACAAAACACAGUUUGCUGUAAAUCACAAAAUGGCUCAUGUACAGUUUCACUCCUCAUGGCUCGGCAAUAAAGAAUAAAAAAGAACAGCAAUAAAUGUUUUAACAUCUCUGAAUCACUAUUCACACACACUUUCUGAAUCUAUUCCACGCAAGUUAAAUGCAAACCUAAGUGGAGAAACUUCAACCAAAAUGUUUCAGGAAUGAAUAAAAUGACAGUUUUUCUUGAGACAACAGUGAGAUUAAAACAUAUAAGCAGCUCUGGUUCCUUUGAGUACUGUGAAUACCUUUUCCCCUAAAAGUCAAUGUUUUAUUCAUGUUUCUGAACAUUAUAUUUAAAAGUAUCCUGUAGCGUUUCUGAGGACUGGUGGUUCUGUUGAGUGCUGUUGUAGUCCUCAAUGAUUUCUACUUGUAUAUGGGCACAAAGUCGGGGCUGAAGUGAAGCACGAAGAGCCACGCGAGCCUUUAAAGCAGGAGAAAACAAAACAUCUUAACAAUGCAGGACUCAAAAAACCCAGAAAAGAUGCUGAAUGUUAACAAAAACCUUUGUUAGUUUCCACAGAAAAUCCUGCAGGGUUCUUUUAAUUCUUCUGCCCUGAUGCUAAAUCUUGGACAUACUUUGUAAAUAUCUGCAUCUAAGAAAAUCAGUCCCUAAUCUUAAUCUUUAUUCUGCUCAGACUGCCCCAAAGAUCCCAAAGACUCACGUCUGAUCAACCGAUGCAAUAUGAAUUACAUCAAUAAAUUAAAAUCGUUCUCUAUCUAUGCGUAUCUGAGCUACAUACUGUAUGUUCUGAGGAAGGUGCAAUAAAGAACCAAAACAAGAAA